UUUGUCAACAUUCCAUGGUUAAGACUAUGUAAAAUGAACUUGAGGAAUACGAUCUUGUUCCGUUAACAGUGGAACAAAUCAACAGAAUGGCACACAAUUCUACUUGUGUCGAGUUCAUUGAGCUUUUAGUGCUAGCUGCGUUUCCUGAUCGUUAUUUUGAAGACCACAGUUUUGCUGGUAUGACGAACGUGCAAUUCAUUGGACUCUUUCAAAUCAUCGGAAGGUAUUUCGAAACUGCAAUCUUGUCGGGGAAAACAUUGAAGUUGUCGUUGCCUUGCAACCACGAGGCCAAAAGGGAGGUCGCCACCAUAAUGGAAAAAGAGAUCAACUUUUGGAAAAGAGAAAAUGGUUAUAGCAGAUCUAAGGAGCCUGUUAUCCACAACGCUCAACAACAAGACCGAAGUGGUAAUGACCGAGAAGUAGGCGUAAUUCAAUUAAGUGAGAGAGAGCUGGAUGCACUUGCUUUCAAGGCGGAUAGUGUUGGUUUCAUUGGCAAAGUUACCUUAGCCGCUUUUCCAGAGAAUUAUUUUUUGAAGACGGAAAAUACAUCAAAGUCACUCAGUCCGCGACUCCGAUUCAAUUUAUGGUAUUUUCAUAUUCGAAGCAUAUUUAGUCUUUAG